UGGAGGUCGGUGACGUCAUCUUCCUGCUGCUCGGGCUGAAGCGCAAGAGGGAGAUUCGAAAGCGUCGCGCCCGAUCAGGCUUUAAUAACCUCUUAGUGCCAGCAGGACGAUUUUGAAAACGCGAAUCUGAGAGCCAACUCCCGUUGUCAUUGGCCACCUUCACAAUGGCAAGCGCAAAUAAGACUCCACCUGGUGCUGAUCCAAAGCAGCUAGAAAGAACUGGAACUGUCCGAGAAAUAGGAUCACAGGCUGUGUGGUCUUUAUCAUCAUGUAAACCAGGUUUCGGUGUUGACCAGCUACGUGAUGAUAACUUGGAAACCUAUUGGCAGUCUGAUGGAUCACAACCUCAUCUUGUCAACAUCCAGUUUAGGAGAAAAACCACAGUGAAGAUGCUCUGCAUUUAUGCCGAUUAUAAAUCCGAUGAAAGCUACACACCCAGCAAGAUCUCGGUCAGAGUGGGGAAUAAUUUUCACAAUCUUCAGGAAGUAAGGCAACUCGAACUGGUAGAACCCAGCGGUUGGAUUCAUAUACCCCUUCUGGAUCUUCUCAACAACCCCAUUCGAACCUUCAUGAUCCAGAUUGCCGUCCUGGCAAACCAUCAAAACGGAAGAGACACACACAUGAGACAAAUUAAAGUCUACACACCAGUGGAAGAGAGCUCAAUCGGCAAAUACCCAAGGUGCACCACUGUGGAUUUUAUGAUGUACCGUACGAUCAGAUGAUAAUCCCAUUUGCUCAUUUUUAUGUUUUGCCUUGAAAAUGCCGGAUUGGGUGCAGUUUUAUAGGAGAACGGAAAGCCAUCGUCCUCCUUACUGGAUGGACAUAUAAAAGUUGUCAAAAGAGAAAUGUCACCAGAUUGAAGUUACACUGCCCUGUUCAAAAUUGUUUUUUGGUUCAAGCGUUUUAUAUUGGAUCUCUUCUGUAAAAACCCACUGCUUUGCUCCAGGUGUAUGUGUUUUGUUUUUUAUUUUUUUUUUUAAUUAAUAUUAUUUUUUUUUUGUACAGUUUGUCAUUCUUUGUAAAAUACACCCUAACACUUAUUUGAAGCUCUUUGGAAUUCGUCAGCUCAUUUUUAAAUUAAAAGGUUACAUGCUAAA